CGCCUCUGAUCUUCUUAUAUUUACAUAAUGAUAAACAAAUUGCUUCAAGUUUCAAGCUGUAAUUGUUGGUAACCGGUCUUUCACAAAGGUGGGGGGGAUCUUCUCUCCAAAUAAAAAUAUGAACUGGCGUUUUACCCUAUCAGUGAGAAUGUGAGAUAUGAGAGGCCAGUAGGGGAAGAGGUCCUCCUCCCUUCAUAAAUCUGUUGGUUGUUGUGCUUUAAUUGUCAAAAGCUUUCUUUGGUGGAACUUGAGACUCAUUCUGAGUUGAUGUACAGCUGAAGUGGACCUCAACUCAACUACUUAUUAGAACUAUAAUGCCAUUUGCUAGACUUGUGGAAAUCGGCACAAAGUAGGCUCAUGAGUUUAUGGAAUUCUUUACUUCAACCACAUCUACUAAUCACUAUGAUACCUAAAUCCACCCCCUCCCCACAAACCCAACACGAGGCUGGAGCAAAUCAAGAACUUAUAUUAUAGGAAAAGGCCCUACGUCCUUAAGUCUGUUGGUUUCUUUGGGCAGGUGUAGAGCUGAGAUUUACCUUAAUCCAGCAGUAUAACUACACGGCUAGAUCAACAUCAAGAUUUAUUCGAGUUGUGUUCCCUUUUUUCCAUACACAUACUGAUAGAUUGAUGAUCUUUGUAGCAGAAGUUAGUAUGGCACAUUAAAGUUUUUAUUUUUAUAUUUAUUUUGGUAAAAGUUGCCAGUGUUGACUCUUGACCAGGUCAAGAUGGAAGUAAGAGUACCCUGUUUCUCUGUUUGAUUUUGAAUGACUAAUUAAAUCCCUAAAGGCCAUCAUAAUUACAUGUGUUUAAGCUACCAACUUUGUAUUCUAAGGUGGGUCUGUAUAACUUAAUAUUGUCAAAUGCUAGCAGCCUAAUACUUUUAAAAUUUAAUAACUUAUAUUUAUUUAAUCUGUUUUUGGAUAUGUAUGGUAACAAAGACAAAAAAAGUUGGGCAAAAAGCUGAAAUAAAGAGAGUAGACAGUAACUACUGAGAUGUGGAGUGUGGACCAGAGAGUUUUCAUGGCUGCAUCUACUAAUAAGUUACUGAGCCACAUGUUUGGUCACCAACUAUUUGGUGAGUAAAAUAGGUAGAUAGAUAGUGAGCUAUGGGUACAAGGAGUGGCUGGCUAGAAACUGCAGCUCUUCUGUUGUCUUUAGCAAUGCAGUCAUUCCCAGCUGUACAAUGAUAAUUAAUGCACCCAUUUCUUGUCAAAUCCAAUUAUUGUUCUAAGUUACUUUCAAAAGUUUUUGGCAUUUUGGCAUGCUUUAGGUUGUGAACAUUAUUACUUUUAUUUAUAUGUUCCACCAGAAGCUGGGGUAGAGCACUGCAAAUUUGCAUUAUUAUCAUAUGGGUAUGAUAUGGCAUGAUAGCAACUUGGGAUAUUGGUUUCAUCAAGUCAUUUGUCCCAAGUGUUUGCUAGGAUCAACUUAUCAAUUUAUGGCCAAACCGCGAAAAUGCAGGUACUGUAUGGCUGUUGAGAAUUACUAUUUUCUCGAAUGACAAGUGUGUAGUAUAAUAAGAGCUAAGCUUGUGCAAUAAUAACUAUACACUUGCAAAAAUACAAAAUCCAUGUAUAAGAACCUGGUGUAUAAGCCUCACUUUUCAUACCUGUCCCUGAUGUGAGAGUGUAUUAGAUUGAAAAACCCUGUUUUGGCUUCCAUUAGCUUUCUUAUGAAUAUGUUUAGUAGUAACCUAUUUGUUAUUGAACCAAGGAAAAUUCAUUUUGUUAAUCAGACUUAAAGAUUACUUCCCAAUUUGCUCUUUAAAUAUGAAUGUUUUGACUGCUGUUCACACUUGAAGGUUCAAAAAUAAAAUCUGAGUAUCCAACAGAAACUUGCAGUGAAGGUAAAUGAUAUAAAUGCCCAAACUGUAUAAUAAAGUAAGGCAUAUAUGCUUUACUCCACUUUUGGCAAUUCUGCUGCUAAUCUUCAUUGGUUUUUUACAUGGUUAACUCUUCAAGUUCCUUUUUGUUCUUUAAACACAAAAUUCCACCAAAGUUUUGCUGGAAGGUAAAAAUGGAUCUCAAAUUGGAACUCAGUCUCAAAGGAGAUGCGGAUGAGCUUAAGUUUCAGCUUGCAAAAGAUCAUGCAGGUCCUCGUUUUCAGUCUAAAGAAACUGACACUAUGUUCAUCCUCACUGCUCAGAUUAGAGGUUAUAUGAGAGAACAGAUAAAGAUUGACAUCAAUAAGGAUGGGACUGUGAUUACGAUAGGCGGUGAGAAAUCAACUGAGGAGGUGAUGGUAAUGGUGGGAUGGAAAGUGUACAAGAAAGGGAUAGAAAUAAUGAAGUUCAGAAAAGCCUUUAGAAUCCCUGAUGGAGUGAUUUUGGAUAACAUUAGGGCAAAUUUUAAUGAGGAUGAAUAUAUGCUGAGCAUUUUAAUGCCAAAGAAAGUGAAGGGAAUAGUUGGGAUAGGGAUUGAGGAAAUGGUGGAGCCAGAGCUUGUUUUACAGGAUCCUGAAACUUUACCAGCAACAUCUAAAAAGAUUUUAAAGAGGGUGACAUUUAAAGAAGAGAGCAUUAGAGAUCCUAAGCAGAAAAUUGCAGAAGAAAAUGGAGUUCUAAGUGCAGAGGAAAAUCAAGAACAGGAGAGUGGAGCAGUGAAGAAAUCAUUAGAGGAGAGAGAUGUAGCAGAUAACAAAAUGACUCACAAUGCAGAUUUGCCAAGUUUGGCAUCAGAUGAGGACAGACAAGUUCAAGAACAGAGAACUACUCACGAAAUUCCCCAAGGAGAUGACAAAAUGUCAGGAGAGAUGAAACAGACAAAUCAAGAAACACCAAAACCCGAAUGCAAUCAAAUUUGUGAUCAGGUUGAAUCUUCACUGCAGAAAGAUCAAGAUCAGGAAAACGUUGAUCAAUUUCACCACGAAAAAGAAAGUGGCAAUCAAGAAAAAGAAGAAGAGUCUGCAUUAGAAAAGACAGAAGCUCAAGAAGGUGAGCAGGCAAAGACAGAGGAGCCUCAGAAGAAAUCCAACAUAUUUGUUCCACUUGUUGCAGGGGGUUCGGCAAUGCUCGUGUCUUUGGUGGUCUUUGCCAUUCAUGCCACUAAAACUAAAAACCAGCAAGACAAAAGGAAAGAUUAGAACAACCUUUCACACACAAAAUGUUAGUAUGUUACCCAGAUGAGUCUUCUUUUUUCUCUUAUUUCUUUUUUUGCUUGUUUCUGUUCUCUCAUCUUACUAGAGUGAGGGGCACUUUGUCAUGCAAAUUCCAGUAAACAUUUAUGUCAGAUUCAUCUGCAAUUUUAAUGAAUCUGGAAACAUAAGGUGUAGUAUAUACUAUGUCAGGAUGACCAAUUCAUUAUUAAAUUGAAUC